GAGAGAGAGAUAAAGAGAGGGAUAGAGAGAAAGAGGAAAAAAUGGGCAUAUCUAUCUUGCAGAAUUUCAACAAUAAUUAAACGUUCCUUCGAGACGAAACACACAGACGUGUCGAGGUAUUUUUGAAACGACCAAGACAAACAAUCCACGAACAAAAGAAGCUAGACAUAACGUGGAAAACGAGAAAGUGACAUUUUACGUGUAUAUCGCGCAAAAUUCCAAUGUAACCACAAUAUGUUGUUUACUAUUAAAUUUAUAAGAGUGCUUACAUUAAGAAAUUUCUAAGUAAUCGGAAAGAUUACUUCCCGACGAGUAAGAUGAAUCCAUCGUGCGAACACUAUACGACUGAUAUGAUCAGUCUUAAAAGGCCCACGAGCCUGGGGAAAUUCUCCGAAUCGAUCCCUAAACCGAAAGGUGCUAUUCCACAUUUUGGUCUGCCAAAAUGGAAAUUAAUGCCUUUAGAGUCGAAAAUCCCAAUGGUCCCCGGACCGGAAGGCGCUUACAACUUCACUCGUCGUAAACUCGGGGAGACAUUGUGGAUCUCAGCGCCCGACGCGGAAUUCAACUUGAGCGAUCCUUACGGUUAUGAGAUAGAAUGGACUUACGAUUCCCUUCACGACAAACAUUUGCUCCCUUAUUUCUCAAAACCGAAUGUCAUUCGACAUUUGUUGAAGGCCGGUUUCAUUACUAAGAAUCUAGAUGCGAAAUGUUCCCUGAAGGAUUACAAUAUGUACAGAAGAUAUUUGAGAAGGUUACACUGUGACAGUAUAAAAAAGGAAUUGAACAGAAUAACGAAACAAUCCAUAGAGGAGAAAGCGAUACAAUACGCGCAACAUCAGGCGGAGAAGGAAGUAAAGAGAUUGAAAGAAAGAGAAAGAUUGAUGGAGUUAAGAAAAUUUGCUAUAAAAGAGAUGAAAAUGGCUGAGAAGCUAAAACGACAAAAACAAAAGGAAAUGAAAAAGAAAAUAGAGAAAAGAUUGAUAUUGUUAGAAUUACAAAAACGAGAAGCUCAACAAAUGCGGUAUAUGAAAAGCAUACAGAAAGCUGAAUUAAUUCAACAAAAACAAAAAGCAGCACAAGCCAUUCGACGGCAAAAAAUAAUUCACACUUUAUUGGAAUGGCGUAAAAAGGAACGUGUAAGAAAAAAAAUGAUGGAUUUACGAUUAAUGCAAGAACGGGAAGAGAAACGGAGAAUCGUAAAAGAAAAAUGGGAAGAAAGACAAGAAUUUCAAAAGAAACAGAUUGAAAAGGAACAAUUUCUAAUGAAAUGCAUAGAAGAUCAACGAAAAGAAUUUAUAGAAGCGUAUGAAAAGAAAGUAAAAAGAGAAACAGAAAGAAUGAAAAAUCUUUUCCAUGAUGUGAGAAUGUAUAUAAGAUGUUAUUUGGCUAGGCAGAUGCCUUCAAAGAGAAUGCGAAUUUGUUGUCCAAAAUAUUUUUAUAACGAAGAGGUAUUUUAUACAAAUUUAAUAAAUAUGAAAAAUUGCAUAUAUAGAUGCUACUUUAAACUAUUAAGAUGCUAUUUUAACUUUAGGAUGAUUUUAAAACCGAUGAAAAAAAUUAUUAUCUAAAUCAUAUGCUGCUACAAAAAAUGA